AUGAGCGCGGAUACCAACAGCACAGCGGGCGGCAACACGCUUUGGCUCACUUUCCUCGCAGCUUGGACUGAAGAGGCGCAGGCGAAAGGAUCCAAAGUCGCACGCACCUACCGCAAAGCACACCAGUCGCUCGCUGCCUGUCCCAUCGAGUUCCAGCAUCCGUGCCAAACAACGCAGCUCUCGGGCAUCGGGCCGACAAUUGCAAACAAGCUCGAGCAGGAACUGCUGAGAUGGUGUCAGGAGAACGGGCAAACGGUGCCGGAGAGGCCUUCCCACCAAGCACCGGCUUCCAAGCAAACACCUGCAGACCCCGGCGUUGAUGACGAGCCAGGGGAAUCAGCAGGCGCAGACCAGGACCUCGGUACUGCCUCCAAAAGAAGGAACGCAGGCACCUUAGGACGAGUAACGAAGAAAAGGGUCUACGUGCCACAACAUCGCUCGGGCGCAUACGGCCUUCUUGUGGGUCUGUUCAUCCUCACGAGAGCUAGCAGCUCAUCGCGGGAGGAAAGGGUGUCCAAGACGCAACUCAUCAACGCAGCACGACCCCAUUCGGACACAGAGUAUGAGCGCGGCGGCUCAUCGUCUCGUGCGUCUGCCGCUGUCCCUCUUUCUAGCCAGUACGGCACUUCUGGAGCUGGCGGAGGCUCGCGGUCCUUCUACACUGGCUGGACGAGUAUCAAGACGCUCAUCGCCAAAGGCUACGUGCUGCAAACUGGCAAUCCGGCGCGGUAUAGCCUGAGCGACGAGGGCGCGACUGUGGCCAAGACACUGGCCAGAGAUGCCGGUGUAGAGCGAUCUACCGUUUCCGCUGCUGUCGACGGCGGCAGAGACGAGGAUGCUUCAGACUUGGACGAUGACUGGUCCGAGGACGAGCAAGAGGAUACCUUGAAAGAGCGUGUUAUGACGUUUCGGCCCGAGGUGCUCAAGGCGGGCAGCUACACGAUCCACCUGGUGGUCGACAACCGCGAGCGACAUCAACCUGGAAGACGGCAAGAGAAGGAGCCCAUAGCAACGCUGCUUCUCGAGCGCGGCAUCGAUACCGAGACGAGAGCUUUGGAGGUGGGCGACGUUGUGUGGAUCGCACGCCGGAAGCAGCCUACGGGUCUGGAAGCGGAUGAAGUGGUGCUCGAUCACAUCGUCGAGAGGAAAAGGCUCGACGAUCUGACCAGCUCGAUUCUCGACGGACGAUGGAGGGACCAGAAGUUCCGCCUGUCGUCCUCUGGACUGUCCAAGGUGCUCUAUCUGAUUGAGGACUACGACGUGGAGAACCAAAUGCGCAAGUUUGGGCCGCAGAUCCAGACAGCACUCAGCAGCUCACAGGUGGUGGAUGGCUUCUUCGUCGAGCGCACCUCAGGCCUUGUAGCUAGCAUCGAUUAUCUCGCAUCCAUGGACGACAUGGUCCGCAGAGUGUACGAGGGCCAGGACCUUUCGGUGAUCCCAAGCGCCAUCAUUUCGCGCUCCAGCUUCCUCGACACGCGGAAGGAACUGCAACGCCAUUCCCCUUCUGCAGUCCUUCUGACCUCGUUCGAAGCGUUUCAAGCACUCAACAGCAAGAGCGGAGGUCUCACCUCUAAGGAAAUCUUCGGCAAGAUGCUCCUAUGCAUCAAAGGCAUGAGCGCCGAAAAGGUGCGCGAGGUGCUGGCCAUGUACAGCACGCUGCGCGAGCUCACAGAUGCCUAUCAGGAGACGACGGACGACGCCAAGGAAGCAGAAGCGAUGCUGUCGACUUUCACAGAUGGUAUGGAUCAGCGCAAGAAGAUUGGUCCCGCGCUGAGUCGGAAGGUGGCCGAAGUAAUUUUAACCCCUCGCUAUGCAGCAGAGUGA